GAAUAAGAGGGGCUUGUCGUCCACAUUAAAAAGAAAGACCACUUAUAGAUUUUUCCUGAAUUAUUUAGAAGUAGGUGAAGUAAAAAAGCUUUAUCCCCCUUUACUCUUCUUCCACACUUCUUCUCCUUCCAGUCUUGAAAUCUAAGAUCAUGUCGAAACCUCACAUCCUUGUAUUUCCAUACCCAGCGCAGGGUCAUAUUCUUGCACUCCUCGACCUCACUCAUCACCUGGCCCUCGCAGGCAUAACAAUCACCAUCGUUAUCACUCCCAAAAACCUUCCCAUUCUCAACCCUCUCCUAUCUUCCCAUCCAAACAACAUCCAAACCCUCGUCCUCCCAUUCCCGCCGCACCCCGAAAUCCCCGCCGGUGCAGAACACAUUCGUGAGGUUGGCAACACCGGAAACUACCCCUUCAUCAAUGCCCUCUCCAAACUCCAACCCCAAAUAAUCCACUGGUUCACCACACACCCAAAGCCCCCUGCUGCCCUCAUCCACGAUUUCUUCCUCGGCUGGACUCACCAACUCGCCGCCCAACUCAACAUCCCCAGGAUCGCGUUUUACGGCGUCGCUGCCUUCUUCACCACCGUCUUCAGGCGCUGCUGGCACAAUCCAAACAUACUGACUAAUAAUAGCGACAUUCUCUUUCAUGGAAUUCCCGGACAGCCGUCGUUUAAGCGGGGCCACCUUCCUUCAGUGUUCCUCCGCUACAGGGAAUCAGAGCCGGACUCUGAGUUCGUUAAGGAGAGUUUUCUUUCCAACGAUGGUGCAUGGGCCUGCGUCUUCAACACGUUCCGCAGGCUGGAGAGUCCCUAUUUGGACCACAUCCGGGCCGAGCUCGGCCAUUCGCGGGUCUACGCGGUUGGGCCCCUGGGCUCUAACCGGUCCGAAAAUUCAAGCACGGGAUCCGAGGUUCUAAAUUGGCUCGAUGCGUUUGAGGAAGAGGGUUCGGUGCUGUACGUGUGUUUCGGGAGUCAGAAGUUGUUAAAGAAGAAACAAAUGGAAGCGUUAGCGAUGGGGUUGGAGAGAUCCCAAACGCGAUUCGUUUGGGUUGCACCGACGCCAAACAAGGAACAACUGGAACAGGGUUACGGGUUGGUUCCGGAUGGAUUUGUCGAUCGGGUUUCGGGUCGAGGAAUGGUGGUUACGGGUUGGGCCCCACAGGUGGCGAUACUGAGGCACCGGGUUGUGGGGGGAUUUGUGAGCCACUGCGGGUGGAACUCGGUAAUGGAGGCGAUGGUGAGUGGGGUUGUUAUUAUGGGGUGGCCGAUGGAGGCGGAUCAGUUUUUGAACGCGGGUCUGUUGGUGGAGGAAAUAGGGGUGGCGGUUCGAGUGUGUGAGGGGGCGGAUUCUGUGCCCGAUCCAAAUGAGUUGUGUCGGGUUGUGAAGAGGGUUAUGAGUGGGGAGAGUCCUGAAAAGCGAAGAGCGAAGUUAAUGAGAGAGGAAAGUGUUAGGGCUGUGAGUGAAGGUGGGGAUUCUUCCAUGGAAGUGGAUCAGCUCGUUCAAGCGCUGCUACAGCUUGGGGAAAACAAAUUGUAAUGUGUUACACGAGUGACUGAAAACACUUUUAAACAGCUUUUGUAGUUUAAGAAAUUGAAUAAGAAGAAUGCAUAUGCCGUGCUUUAAUUUUGGAGUU